UCAAUAGAGAAGACACAGAAAGAAUCAGAAUCAGGAAAGUUUGGAUUUUGAUUUUCCAACCAAAAAAAAAACAGGCUUCCAAUACCUCCAAAGCGUUUGCAAUUCGUCGUUCUCUUCAAAAGUUUUCAAUCGAAACACUGAUUUUGAAUUCUUGGUUAGAGUUAGUUCUUAGAAAGAAUUGCAGGCAAUGGAUCUCCCUCGAGACGUGGACGACUACUUCAAACAAACCCUCGACGAUACAUUAGGGAUUCCCGUAUCGUCGCGAACCCUAGAAUCCAAGCUUCAAGCUUCCCAAGAGUCGCAAUGGCGCCUCCGCGAACACCUCCUUUCCCUUUUCCCCCAAUUGAAGCGGAAAGACCAACUCAUCGACCGCUUCAAGUAUGAAGCGGGAAUGAACGCGCGAGCUCUGAAGAAGUUCGUUGAGGAGAAUCAGAGACUGGCGACGGAUUGUGAGAAAUUGUUGGCUCGCUGCCAUCAGUUGGAGAAUGAUCGCGCCCUGUAUGAUAAAGACAGAGAAGCGUUGAUGGAGUUUGGGAACGACGCUGACGAACGGGCACGGGAGGCUCAAACCCGAGUUCUUGAUUUGGAAAGGGAUUUGCUCUUUAUGGGGAAUGAAUUGAACAAAUAUAAGAAUCAGCAUCAAUUGGUGAAUUCUUCUGUGUGCACACCUGGGGAAAAUAUUUUACUUGAUUCUGUUUUAGCAACACUUACUAGUAAAGAUGAUGAUUCUACAUAUGCAUUUUUGCAAGUAAACAGUGAGAAUGAGGCCUGUAAACAGUUUCUGAGUAUGUGGAACUGCAUAAACCCAUCAACUCGGAGUGUUUUGUCACUUGUUGCCAAAAUCAAGUCACUUGAGAAGGAUAAGGAGCAUCUAAGAACUAACCUUCACAAAGCCGAGGAGGAGUCAAACAAGAGAAAGUCUAGUCCCAGAACAAGUAGCCCAAAGCAGAGGAAGAUUGAUUUUGACGAUCACGAGGUAGCAAGACAACCAUGAUCACCCUUAAGACAUAACUCCCCAGACUGUAGAAUGCAUAAGAAGUAACGUGACAAACUAACAGUGUGUAGAUGAGUUUAGACGUUUGAAGCUGUCAAACAUCCCUUCAGCUCAAUGAUACUCAUGGUUUGGGUUCAUCGUACGCUAAAACAAACUCACAUUAAGGGACGAUGAGUUUAGAUCAUACAGAAAGUUGUUUCCGAUUUAUAGAUGAAUUUACUAACCACAAUAUUCGUAUUUGUUGCUCCUAAAAA